GGGUCAAAAUGGUGGAUUGAAGUCUAUGUAUUAACGCUCUCAGAAAUUCAGCAUUUUUUGUCUAAUUCCACAGAAUGCAAAGCCUUUAAGUCACCAUCUGAUGUGUUCAAAAUGAUGGGAAUGUACUUUGAGUUUAAGGACAGUUUACACAACUUCCUUAUAUAUAGAUGGAACACGUCUACCCUAAGUAGUUUUGUAGGCACCAUCUUCAUUUUCUUCUUUGCUGCCAUGAUGUUGGAGGGAAUUAUGGGAAUGUUGGCUAGUCUUAGAGAUAGGAGUAAGGUGUUACCAGCAUCUGUCAAAGAAAGGUUGCUUGAACCCAUCAGUGAAAAUUCUCCUCUCAUUGGCAAAAGCAAGUCCUUAACUGAAUCUGGGGAAAAGCUUAUUAAACAGAAAAAGAUAAAGUAUCAUAUUGGGAUGUCCUUGCUGCAUGUGGCCAAAGUGGUGGUAGCUUAUGUGGUCAUGCUGGCGGUCAUGUCUUAUAAUGCAUGGGUGUUUGUUACUGUGGUUAUAGGCAGUGCUUUGGGAUACUUGAUUUUUGGAGCCAUUCAGCAUAAGAUCACCACUGCUGAUACGCCUGACACUCACGUAAUAAAUAACCAGGAUGACAUGCUAGGCACGCACUCACAGACUAGCUAUGAGCCUAUUGGUUAACUCUAACAACAUCAAGAAAGAAUUAAAAACUGAAGAUGACUGUGAUUAUUUCUGGGACGUGAAAAUUGCUUGAGGACAAGACAGACAUUUUAGUUGUUCAUGGGGGAUUGUGAGGAUAUUUUAAUUAUGUUUGGAUGGCAAUCAUGCUCCGUAAUAUUUAUUAUAAAGAACAUAAACACAUACAAUUAUAUGCAUGCCCACACCUACUUGACAUUUAGUGCUAUUGAAAGGUCACAAGCAGUAAAAAAAAGUGACUUAGAUAUGAAAUAUAUAAAGAGGGAAAGAGAAUAGAAUAGAAGCAAGAGUAGACAUCAGCAAAAUAUUGUAAAUAUUUUUAUACAGUGCAAUAAUGGUUUUUUUUUACUCUGGGUAAAUAUGCAGGGUUGUUUGUGAAGAAUGUGACAAAGUAAAUGUAAGAGCAAACAAUGUUAAGCUAAAACAAGGCCUUUAAAACGUGAAAUGAUGAGAAAAAGGGAAAACUGGGUGAUAGACUGAAUUGAUGAAGUUAAUUAAAAUUCAGUAGUCUGUGUAUACUACAAGGACAGUUGCAAACAAGACUUGGGCUUUCAUUUGGUAUCUAGUGUGGUUGUGUAUUUAAUAAAUAUCAGAAAAUGAUUGGCUCAACUCCAAUGUUAAGAGAUAAUUGACGUGAUAAUGGUCUCUUUGUUAUAUGUUUUUAAGCAUAUAACAAAGAGAAUAUCAUAGCAUUGCAAGAAUAUCAUAGCAUUGCAAAUCAGGAGUUAUAGGAAGAAAUGAUUACUCACCAUUAACCACUGAUUAUUGUCUCUAACUUAUUGACAUAGUGAUAUAAUGCUUUUAAUACAUGUGCCUGGCAGUCUUUCUUUACUUGGGUAAUUUUUAAAAUAUUUUCAUGUCUUAAAAUAUAUAAUCAAAUAAACUUUUUGCAAACAAAGUGUGUGCAGCUAAUUGUUUUAGUCAUAUAAAUAUAACUAAAAGGCAACAAGUCGGCUUUCACAUUAAUUUUUUUUGCAUGUGUAUUAGAUAAUUUUAAUAGGAAGUAGUUUCAUUUGCUGGUCAUUGAUAUUGGCUUUUUCAGUAUCGUACUAGGUAAAUAUGAGAUCUUUAAUCAUACAUUUCACUUAAUGUUUGUUCCUGUACCUGAAACUUUUAAUGCAAGUCUUUCAGUUGCACUUCUUUUCUGUGAAAUUUGGAGAUAA